CAGGGCAAAAGUGGAGAAUUCCUGGCAAAGUUAGACCCGAACUUUGGCCAAGCAAUUAGGUUCUGCGGACAUCGACGUAGUUUAGAAGAAGUCGCAUAAAGUAAAGGUCAUCCAGCCACGAAAUGGCACGGCGCUCCAGUGUAUGCACGAACGUCAGUAGUAGAUUUCUGGCCUCUCGACCGGCUUCAAGUUUAUUGAGCGUUUGUAUGCAUUUAGCCGCUUGCUAUUUUCAGGUUGGAUGACAAAUUUCUCAUUGCACUUUUCCAGCCUUAACCACUUCAUUUCAGCGGCAUGUCGCGAAAUCACACAUAAAAAAAAAAUGAAAAAGAAAAUAGGCUGAAAUUUAUUUCUUGUCGUCUUCGCCAUCGUUGUUCUUGUUUUGCAUAUUCUUGCGGUUGUUUUUGUCGUGCGUAAACACUGAUGGCCGAUGGCCCGGAGCGCGUGUGGCUAACGCGAACGAAUGCGCGCUCGACGCAGGCCGUAGACAGAACAAGUCCCGAAUCUGGGCGCGGCUCGGUGGGCAGUGGUGGCGUGUGGUCAGGCCAACCAGUGGCGAUGGGUAACUCACUGGUCACCAACUGGCGCCUCGCCGCGGCCGCCGCCCGCGUGGCGUCGCGGUCUCCGCAGAGAGCGGCUGUCGCCGAGUCGAUGCAGGCGCUCGUCUUCCACGCAAAUUUGGGCAAGGACUUCCUCUUGCUGCCCUACGCCUUCGCGUACCCUCUGUACGACGAAGACGCGGCACGGGCUCUGAAUUACGCUGGUAUGGGAAGCCAGGUGGCGCAGGCACUGGGUGAGCUCUUCCUGGCGGCCUACCGGAGCAGCUCGCCACCAGCACGGGAGCCAAUCCUGGAGUUCAUGCACUGCGUCCAGCCCGACGCCAGCAGUGCACGCCAGGACGAGAGUCAAAUGAUGCAGGUGCUGUCGUUCGACGUGCUCUUCGACACGUACACGGCGCGUGCCGAGGCCGGAGACAAGCGGCUCGUGGGCCUCGAGGCGCUGACGCUGCCCCAGCUGUUGUUCGUGGCCGCCUGCUACGCAAACUGUCCCGGUGGCGGCCUGCCGUCACCUGCGUUCUACAUAGCCGGAGUACCGGAUCUGUGGCCGGGGGCCGAGCCGCCCUGCGACGCCAUGUUGCGGCGGACGAGGCACUUCGCGCGCACUUUCGGGUGCGCUCCCGGCAAGCACAUGAACACCGGUGCCGACGGGUGCAGCCUAUUUCCUUGAGAUGCCGCACCCCCCUCUUGGCCCCUGCGGGCUGCAAGUUUAGCCCCUCAGUCUGAGAAGGGGCGCAUCGACCUGAGGCGCCGAAUAUCGGUCGCAUAGUGUUAUCGUUUGGCGGACAUUUUGAGGAUCUGGUGACGAAGCUUGAAUCCAGUGUUGUUGUUAAUUAAUUAUCGUGCUGAGUCGAAGACGACGAGUGGUGUAUUAAUUUACUAUACUAUGUUGUCAAUGUUACUAUACUAUGUUACGUCUUAAUACGUAACAAUAUC